AUGAAAAAUGGUAAAAGAUUUUAUUUUUCAUUACCUUGCUCAAGAGAAUUGAAAAAUAUAGUAAAAUUGCAGUUGUUAGAAAAAGAGAAUAAAGAUAAAAUUAUCAACAUAUGGAAGGAUAAGUAUAAAGAUAACAAAAAUAUAAUCGCAGAUUAUAUACAUACAGAAAAAUAUGAAUUAAUAAAAAAAAAUUGCAAAAAUAAUUCACAUUUUAUUAUUCCACAUAAAAAUAAAAAUGGAUAUAUAAAUUUUUAUUUGCAAUUUAUUGAUUAUAAAUUAAUAUUUGUUACCCCGCUUCAUGAUUAUAAUAAAUUUAGAACUAAUUCAAUACCAUAUGUAACAUUAAAUUUUUUUGAUGAAUUAAAAAAUAAAGAAAUUGUGUUAACAAAAUUAAAUAUUAUAAAUAAUGUUGUAAACAAAGAUCAAGCUUAUAAAUUUUAUAAUUAUAUUUUAUCCUUUUAUUCUGACUUUAAUUAUUUUCAAUAUGUACAUAAAUUUAAUAAUGAUAGCAGAAAUUUUAGUUAUGAUAUCUUUUUUAAUAAAUUCAAACAUUUAUUUUAA